AUGAAGGAUUUGAGCAUUUCUUUGACCCAGUUUCCCAUUGAAAUUGUCGCUCACUAUCCACGCUUUAUUGACCUACUGUGCUUGAUUGACAUUGAAUUUGGGAAGUUGUUCCCUGGGAAGCAAGACAACUUCCUUUGCAAGUGGGAAGCACAAUUUGUUCCCAAACUGCUCAAAUUGUCAACUAUGGAAAAAAAAGGCAUGCCUGAUUCUGAAGAAACCAGUGAGUCGCGUUCCUUUCAAGCGCUCCAGAGUCUGAGCACCUUUCUUCCUCCAACCGCAUCAGGAAGAGGCAAGGGAUGGACAAAAUGCAGCGUGAAGUCUGCAAUGUCCUACAUCCUGGAUCUCAAGCCGAGUGGAACAAGCAUUUUGAGUGAGAUCCCUUAA